AUGCUGUUUCCCUUCUGCGCUCUCACCACACCAUGGUAUGCCGAAUCCCCAGCUGCCGAUCUACAACCCCCUCAAGUGCAAGUUGAGUACGCAGCGGAAGGCGAUCAGCUUGAGCCAGAAUUUGUUCUUCUUGAACAACGAAAAGAAGAAAAUGCUUUGAAGGGGCAUUCAAAGAUACCUACUCCCCAACUAGCCUUGGGGGUUCUCGUGCUGGUUGCCUUAACUCUGCUUUCCCUUUUGAAGGUCUACAAGAGAUUCUCCGAAGGAAAAGAUGUAGAAAAAGGAGGAGAGGAAGAAGAAGAAAAAGAAGAAGGGGGAGAGUCUGUGGGUCUUAAACAAUUCAAUUUAAUCAAAAACACACCUUAG